CUGACGAUGACAUGCAGCUAUAUAAGAUACAGAUUUCUGGUCGACUGAUGAUGUCCCCUCUAAAUCCCAUAUCUCAAGGACAAACUCAACGGAGUCAAACAGACCACGCCAUCAGUCCCAGAUAUCACAAUCUAAUACACCAAGCCUCACUCUCACCACUACCCUCAAUCGACUCACUAGAUUCCAACCUCCACUAUGCCCCCAACCAUUCACUGCAUCCGUCACGCCCAAGGCUACCACAACCUCUCCACCGAUAACUACAUCCUCCCGGACCCCGACCUCACCCCCCAUGGCAUGUCCCAAUGCACAGCACUCUCAAACUCCUUCCCACACAUGCCUCAGAUUGACCUCAUCGUUGCCUCCCCCAUCCGCCGCACCCUGUACACCGCGCUACACACCUUCGCCCCCAUCAUCGCCUCACGCGGCACCCCAAUCAUCGCGCUGCCCGAGCUCCAAGAAACCUCCGACCUGCCUUGCGACACCGGCUCCGCGCCCGCGGCCCUGGCAGCCGAAUUCGCAGCCCACCCCAGCGUCGAUCUCAGCCUCGUCCGCGACGGCUGGAAUCUCAAGCACGGCGGUGCGAUGGCGAGUCCCGACGCUGGAAGCAUCAUUUUGCGCGCACGGCGCGCAAAGGCCUGGCUUAGACAGCGACCUGAGGCGCAUAUCGCCGUUGUCACACACGGUGGGUAUCUACACUACUUCACGGACGAUUGGGCGGGCAUUGAUGACUUUACGGCCGGCACAGCGUGGCGGAACUGUGACUUUCGGACUUAUGUGUUUGUGCGACCUGAGGGGGUGGAGCAGAGGAUUGAGGAGACGGCGGAGAGUAGGGCGCGGAGAGGAGAUGCUGGGAAGGAAGUGCUUGGAGUGGAGGAGAAUAGGGUGCGGAGGAGUGAGGUUGUUGUGCAGUGGAUCAGGUUGGGACAUAUUACCGCACCAGGGGAUGGGGUUGGGAAGGUUGAGAGGGAGAUUCUGGAGGAUGUUUUGAGGCCUGGGGCGGAGCUGGAAAAGAUGCCUACUGCGUCAUUGUGA